AUGGAACCUGCAAGAGAAAUUGGGUCUAUUUAUACACCGCCUGGGGCUUUUACACUUUGGUCGGCACUGCUAAAUGAUACCGGGAGUCCCUCUAUUUGGAAGAAGAGUCCCAUAUUAGAAGCCUGGAAUGACACAGUUGCUGACGUUGAGGAAAGGAAUUACGUUGUUAAUUAUACAUUUUUAUUUGACAAAUUUGAUAAUGCUACGGCGGAUCUUGACGUGAAAUUAACAUGGAAUGCGACGGAUCCAAGUGAUUCCUGCUUCGAGGUUUACAAUCGUUGCAACAGUAAGACACUUGGGAACGUAUUGCAUAGAAGUAUAGGGCCAGACAAGAACAAAUCUUUAAUAGCAACCGUGCCGCUGGAUGACAAAUGCACUAUACUAGUGAAGGGGAAAUAUGGAACUACGAAAUUUCAAUAUCAAACUCCGUCAUGUUAUGACCUACCGGGAUGCAAGUAUUUGCCUGAAAAACCGGAAAUUGUAAAAUUAACGGCUAAAGAAAACGGUGAUUCCUGGCUUGUUAGUGUCAAAUGGAGGCAACCGAAGCACCUUCCCUCUUACUACAAUGUUACACUUAGAGCAGACAAAGUAUUCACUAUAAACGUGUACAAUUUGUCAUCUGAAGCAAAGUUUACGAAUGUAACCGGCAGAGGAUAUUAUAAUGUAACUGUAGAUGCGAUUAACGAUAUUGGUCACGCUGUUACCUUCCAGAGAAGUAUAUUUCCGCUGGUUGAAGAGUCGGCGUCAGUGAGUUUGUUGAUUGGCGCAUGGGCUGAAGUUAUCGUGAUAUCAACAAUAAUUGCAACUUUUUUUGUGUGGUGGAAGCGACAGCGCGACAUUAAGAAAAGGAACAUGUAUUUUCCGGGCGUUAGGGAAAAAGUAUUAAAAGACGGCGAGUUGGACAUCUGUUGCGUAGAAUCCGGUUCGGAGGAGCAGUGGGAAGUGAAGCCUGAACGUUUGCUCCUUCAUGAGGUUAUUGGCGAAGGCGCUUUCGGAGUUGUGAGAAGAGGAACCCUGUCUCCUGACGAUAAGAUUGUCGCUGUGAAAAUGCUGAAAGAUUUUCCCUCAGUAGAAGAGAUCAGGUCGUUCAGAGCUGAGAUGGAAUUGAUGAAGAGUGUCGGGAGUCAUCCGCACGUUGUGAGCCUAGUGGGCUGCUUUAGGGGACGGAAACCCUUCAUCAUUGCGGAGUACUGCAGCAGGGGAGAUUUGCUUACUUUUCUUCGAUGCUCCUGGGACCUAAUGGUAACUCGACGCAAUGCAAACUACAAUAACAAUGAAGAACAAGAUUAUCGAGACAUCAAAACCAAGGAUUCCCAGCUCGUAAUUAACAGACUUUACGACCUGCAGGGAAUUUGCGACACGGAACUAACAGUUUUAGACCUCCUUUCCUUCUGCAGACAAAUCGCUAUGGGCAUGGAGUUUCUGGCCUCGAAUCGAGUAGUUCACAGGGAUCUGGCAGCGAGAAAUAUUCUGGUAACUGCGGAUAGGACCCUGAAAAUAGCCGAUUUUGGACUUUCUAGAGACGUGUACCAAGAGAACCAGUAUAAACAGAAGGGUAACGGGAAGAUGCCAGUUAAAUGGAUGGCCUUAGAGUCACUAACGCAUAGGAUUUAUACAACGCUGAGUGAUGUUUGGUCAUUCGGUGUGGUAAUGUGGGAGAUUGUGACCGUGGGCGGUGCUCCAUAUCCGUCAGUGGGUGCUGCUCGACUACCUCGGUUGCUUCGAGCCGGAUACCGCAUGCCCAAACCUUCUAAUUGUUCGGCUCAACUCUAUGAGUUAAUGCUAUCCUGUUGGAAUGAGCGACCCCGAUCCCGCCCUACAUUCACGGAGCUGCAUCGCGCAUUGGAUGGUUUAUUAUGCGCCAGCGCACACCACUACCUCGAUUUACAACUUCCGCCGGAACCGGCGUAUCCGCGACCUACGACACAAAGAUACGUACGAAUGAUUAUGCGAGGCAAGUGGCCGUGGACGAACCGCUACCAACGUUCUCUCACAACCAAGUACGCUCCAGCUGUAAAUAAUUAA